AUGGAAGUGUUUGACAGGCAGAAACCAUUAGUUGAAAGAAUCACUUUUAACAAAGAGGAUAACAAUGGAAGCUAAGGUUUUCUUGGGGCUAUUAGCCUGCUGUUGCUUGACUUUCGUCAGUGCAGAGUUAGAAGGCUACAAGAUCUACGAUGUUACACCUUCCAAUGUCUUCGAACAACAAGUUCUUGAACAUUUGGAUAACAUUGAAGACUACGACUUCUUCCAUCGUCCAAGGACCCUAAAUGUAUCCUCCCGUGUUAUGAUUGCCCCUAAAGAUCAAGACGAUUUUGAAAGCAUUCUAAACAAGUUCUCUCUGGAAUUCAACAUCGUCAACGAAGAUGUGUCGAAAUCUAUCCAUCUUGAACGGUCUCAAAAUAUGUUGUUCCGAUCCAUGACUCGUGGUAUCUCCUUCAGCAGCUUCCAAAGGUUUAACCAAAUCAAUGCUUACCUCGAUGAAUUGGCAGCUAAAUACCCCGAUCGUGUAAAGGUUAACAAUGUUGGAAAGUCUUAUGAAGGCAGACAAAUUAAGACCAUCACAAUUAGCAACGGAGAUAAAAAGGCCAAUAAGAAUGUUAUCUGGGUUGAUGGUGGUAUUCAUGCUCGUGAAUGGAUUGCUCCAGCUGCAGCUUUGUAUGUUAUCAAUCAACUUGUUGAGAAUUAUGCAGAUAAUAAGGAUCUUUUGGCUAAAUACGAUUGGGUUGUUUUGCCAGUAGUUAAUCCAGAUGGUUAUGAAUAUACUCACACCAAGUCACGAAUGUGGAGAAAGACCAGGAAACCAUCAAGCGGUUCAUGUGCCGGUACUGAUGCUAAUAGGAAUUUCGAUUUCCAUUGGGGUGAGGUUGGUGCUUCAAGUUCAUCGUGUUCGGAUACAUUCAGAGGGCCAUCGGCAUUCUCUGAGCCAGAAACUAAAGUUGUGAGGGAUCAAUUGUUGAAAUUGAAGGGACGUGCUAAAUUCUAUUUGACUAUUCAUUCUUAUGGAAAUUAUUUGUUGUAUCCAUGGGGUUGGACUUCAUCUCUUCCAUCAAAUGUUAAUCAAAUCGAUGAAGUAGCCAAAGCUGGAGCUAAUGCUAUUAAAUCAGCAACUGGUACUAAAUACACUGUUGGAUCUUCGACAAAUGUUUUAUAUGCUGCUGCUGGUGGUAGUGAUGAUUGGGCUUUAGGUGUUGCUGGUAUUCCAAUUUCCAUUACAAUGGAAUUGCCAGCUGGUGGUUCAGGUUUUGAUCCCUCGCCAAAACAAAUUCAACCAUUUGUUUCGGAAACAUGGAUUGGUAUUAAGGCUAUGGCUAAGAAGGUUAUUUCCAAGUUUUGAAUUUAGUUUGUUACAAAUUUUUUUGUUGAUUAAAAGGCUUUGUUUUGCUUGACUUGAAUAUUUACAAAAAUAUAUUUACUUUAUUUAUGUUGAA